AUGGGUGCCAAUACCUCCAAGCAAGACGCCCAGGGCGGCUAUCAGUGGAAGGCCUCAGGGCCGCCCAGCGUCUCCCUCGACGUCCUCGAGUCGAUGCAAACUAGCCCCGAGACCGACGCUUCGCGCGCCAGGCUCAUCGAGCAGCACAUCCAGGCCCGCGUCGCCGAGGAGCUCAAGAAGCUGCAGAAGCGGGAAUCGGAGGCACUGAACCUCGCGCACGACAAGCUCGCCGCCAGCAAGGACGCCGCCGCCGCGGACGAGAACGCGCCCAGCCGGUACACCGUGGGCAAGGAGGUCGAGGAGCUGCGGCGCAAGCUCGAGGAGCGCAAGAAGGUUCGCGCCCUGCCCGAUGACGUGGAGAAGGCGCGCGGCGACGUUAUUCGCUGCCUGCGGGAACACGACCGCCGGCCGCUCGACUGCUGGGAGGAAGUGGAGAAGUUCAAAGCCGAGGUGAAGAAGCUGGAGAAGGGCUGGGUCGACAGGGUGACGUCGUGA